UACGAAUAACGUCAAUUGCGAUUGUUAAAAAAUCGCGUUCUUUUUCUUUAGCGAAAAGAAGACUUCUUAUAUUAAUGAAUGUAUAUUAUAAUAUUUCAGAAAUAUAUUUAGAAAUUUAACAUUAUGUUUGUACUACAACCAAAAGCAGAUGGCUAAACAUUUGUAUUCAAAAUUGAAGUAAAUAUUCACGUUUUGUGUUCCGAUUGAUUUUUAUUUUAUGUUUUAAACAGUGGCUUAUUGAUAAUAAUAGCUGUUUAUAAUCACUUUGCGCGUGACGUGGCUGUUUAUAUUAAAAUUGGACGUGUCAUAAUGUGAAUGUGAAAUAGGAUAAGCUUUUAUAAGUGAUGGAUGAAAGCAUAAAGAACUCCCCUUGUAAGCUUUCUAUUCAUCAAGGGGAUUCUUAUUUGAAUGUAGUGAUGGUGUUGAAGCACAGUUGCGCAAGGAAGUGGACCACUUGCGUGCUCAUCUCGCUGAGCGUGAUGCACACUUUGUAGCUCUUGAGACAGAAUUUUUCAAGUCUUCAUCUAGAGCUAAUGAUUUAGAAGAGCAAAUUGGUACAUGGAGGGAAAAAUAUGAAAGAUUAUAUGAUUCGCAUAAACGAGUUCAAAAAUUGAAUCAAGUACUUGAGGACAAAUUACUUCAAAUGGUAGAUAAGAUGAAGAGCGAAAAAAGCCAAUUGACAAAAGACAUUGCCACUUUGUCUGUUAGAUUAGCAGAAUCUAAACACAAUUUUAGUAUGCUACAAAAAGAGAAUGAAAGAUAUAAAAAUGAUAUGAACUUAGCAAUUCAGUUGUUACAAUGCAAGCCUGAUAAUUUUGUGUCGCAGAAACUUGACAAUCUGCCAGUUGACACUCAGGCAAGAGUAUCACAGUAUGUGAUGUCAAAGACUUCAAAACCGGCAAGUUCUACACAAUCAAAGAAUGGAAAUGAAAUUGAUACUUUUGAUGCAAGUGAGUAUGAAUUCAAUAUUUCCGCAUCACUUAUGUCUAAAAUACUAGAAGAUAGUAUCCAAGACUCGGUGACUAAACAUUGUGAUACCUGCACUUGCUCAAAAUCUCAAAGUAAACCAUUUUGUUAUAACGAAAGUUACUACACAGUAUCAACACAAACAAUAUUGAGUGGAGAUGUGAAAAAUUACCUUUGUAUGAAUUGCAAUUCAGAAAUAAAGUCGAUUCAUUCAGCUCUUAGUGUCAGAAGCAGCUCUCCUUCAGCUGUUAAAAUGGUUAAUGAUAAAACUUCACAUAGCCCUUUAUACAUAGCACCGCAACCUCUUGUACUUGAACAAAGAGAGCCUUCUGACUUAGUAAUGGAAAAUAUUAAACCUAAUAAUAUUAUAAAUGACAUGAUCAUUAAAACUGAAAAUAAUCUGAAACUGGAAGCAGAUAUCCAAAGAGAAAUCGCUUAUAAAUUGGAAGAAGAUAUUAAGAUACGAAACAAUAGCAUUAACAUGGAGCCAUCCGUCCAUCACAAGCUUUGUGAUAGGACAAAAACUUCGAUUUCUAGCAAAAAAAGUAGUAUUCAUAGCGUUUGUAACGAUGAUUUGCUCAUUAGAGAUGUAUCAAAUAGCAAGGACAUUAAAUCGGGCGAUGCAAUAACGCCAAUUGAAAGUGUUAAUUUGAGGAAAAAUUCUCAUAGCUCCAUGGGCGCUGUUAGCCGAACAUCGUCGAUAGCCAAAUCAACAGUAAGCACACAUAAAUCGAACACUCAAGUGGGUCCUGGACCGAGGUUUUGUCAUUUGCGUAUGCAAGCUGGAUCUAAAAAUAUAUUAGUUGACAAUGCAGAACCUGAUGUACCGCCGGUCUUAUAUAGACGUCAAAGUAAAUGUAACGAAAAUUCCAUAUUCAAAGACCUCAAUGAGGGCUUAGAUAAUUUUAUAGAUUUAGAGAAGAAUGACGUUGAAUUAAAGAGUGAUGUCAAAGAUGAUCUCGUAGUUGUAGAAACUACUUUAAUUGAUGUCCAUGUUGAUAAUAAUAAUAAAGAAACUGGUUUGACAGUUAAAAACAAUUCGAUUAAUCCGAUAUUAUUGAAUGUUUCAUCGUCUCCUCUACAACCGUUAAAAACUCAUAAUUUUUCAAAUACAUCAGAGCAUAAUAAUAAUGACUCUCAUAUCGGUAGCCAGAAAAAUGUUUCAGAAAUAGAUAAUUUGCUAAACGACUUCAAUGACGAUAUUAAUAAUUCGAAAACCAAUCACAAUUCAAACAGCGAGACCAGUAAGAAGACAGAUGUAUUAACGCCUAUUGAUAAUCAUGAGAUUAAAAUAUUUAACUUUGAUCGUUACGAACAAAGCAAAGCACCUAGUCAGUAUACGCGACCGAUAAAAAAAAUAGACAUGUCGCAAUUGCAUUCUAUUGAAAAUACAAAAAUUUCAAAAGAUUAUCCACCCCUUGGUGAUCUCAAUAAAAAGCCUGAAACAAUAAAACCGCCUCUACCAAAUAUUGUAAAUGUGUAUCCUAACCUGACUCAGACACAUUUAAAAGUGAAUGAAAAUAAGAAAGUCUUCACAAAUGAACAAAGCACUAGUUCACUUUCAAGUGAUGAUAGCGCGGCUCUGUUACAAAAACAGCAAUUACUUCGAGUUGCAGAAUGGGUCGAAAAGAAUUUAGAGCAACAAAAUAAUUUAAAUGAUCCACUAGAAGACGAAUGCCUUUUUCCAAAUCGAAUGAGAAGAGAUAGUAAGAUAAACAGGCUUACUGAAACUUUAAAUGAACUAGCACUCAACAUGCCACAUCCCGUCAGCAAAUACUCGAGAUAUUCCAGAGAGCCACGGAAUAAUUGGCCUCAUAAUAGUGUCACAGCUCAAAGCACGCAUCAGGAUAAAAAUAUAAAGCCUAGUGCAUCUAAUUCGAAGAUUGUUAAUAACCUCGUGAAAGAAACCAUUUUUCCAGUUGAAUAUGGCGAUGAUACAGUUACAGAGAUCAAUAACGCAGCCAAGGUUUUUAAUCGCAGCGACAUUGCCGAUAUUGACGUAGGAAAAGAGUUGCGAGACGCUUUGAAAUCGAAAGGCGAAAAGGAAAUUUCGUCCGAAGAUUUGGCAAGAAUGGAGUAUAAUGUGAAGAAAUUCUUACUUAGUGGGCCUUAUUGGGUGAAUCCGGGUGUUGGUAGGAGUCGGCGCACAAGCAGCAAAACUGAGACUGAUGUAUAAUUCCGCCAUAGAAAUGUAUGACAUUCCUUAUUUGUACGUGUAUAUUCCGCAACGUGUAGUAGCUGGUGUCUUGAUUCAUGUAAAUGUAGAGAAUGCUGUUCGUUUGGUGUUUAUUUAUUCAGUUUAAAUCCAUAAAUUGAGCCCAACGAAUUAUAGUGAAUUUUAGUUUUGUUUAUUAAAUUUUUCUUAUUAAUUAAUAAGAAAUUAUUUUAUCAAUAUUAUUGAUAAUUUUUAUUGAAAUUAUAUUUUUAUAUUAAUAAAAUAUUAACGUAGAGUGCGUAUUAGAUCUUUUGACUUUUUAUGAACUUUGCUAUUUAUAAAAAAAUAAUAUUUAACUUGCAAUUAUUGUGAGCGUAAUAAGUAAAAUUGAUACCUUUUUGAUUUUUUAUGGUUGUUAUUGUAACUGUUUCUAAUUUUGCACGAUUCUAUUAUAUUUGUAAUAUUUAUUUAUUUUUAAUCGCUAUAAUUCGAUGGUCUUCGUCUGAGGUGUGUGUUCUAGUCUAUUGUAGUAUAUCCAUGAUAGAUAUCGCUUUAUUACUGUUAAUGUUCAAAAUAUUAGGUGUCACUUGUAUAAUUCCGGGUGUUUAAAAAGUUUAUUCUCAAGGUAAUAUUCGUAUAUUUUUAACUAACCAUUGUAUUUUAUCCGUGGCUUGCCUUAACAACCAAAGUUUUACAGGGCUAUUACAGAUCUUAUUUAUCAACAUUUUCAAUAACCAAAUAUAUUUUAAAUAACUGUUAGUCCAUAAUUGUAUUAGAUGCUUUUUAUAUAUGAAGACCAUAGCAAUCUUUUGUAAUAAAAAAAACCAAUGGUACGUACAUUAUGUUCUCCAAGUCCUCAUCUAGUGAAAUUCGAAGUGUACUGUGGCUGCCAUUUAAAAUGAAAGCGUGUAGAAUAGACUCACAAUUAAGUAUUAAUACGGAAAAAUACGCAUAGAAGUUUCUAUAUAUGUGAUAACUAUAAAUUAUGAAUAAAUUCACGUAUGUACAAAUUUAUGUAGCACUGAUGUACUUGAUGUUAAGGAUAUCUUAGGGCGUUCAGUAUUUUUAUGAAGUUUCGUAGGAUCUGAUUUAACUUAUUAUUAAAAAAAAUUGGUAAUUUUUUAUAUCGGUUCGAAACUAUUAUUAGGCUUAGUAUGCACGCCCAAAUCUUUUAUAAAAAAUCUGUAUUAGUAUUUUUUUAGUUUUUGGUAGCUAUAAGAUUGUUGGAUCAUGGUCAUGGACAUUGUUGGACCAAGGAUCAUCUUUUCAAGAUUUUGAGAUUACUAAAUCACUGCCAAAAAAAAUCUUUUAAGUUUUAUUAUCUCUAUACAAAACAUAAAUAUUGUUGAAAAGUGAUUUAUUAAAUAAUGUUGUUGCACAAAUUGUUGAAUUUCAGAAUCAGAUCCUGCGAAAUUAUUUUCAAAUAAAGAAUUAUUAUUAAAAGCUUUCUAUUCCACUAUCCUCUGAUAUUAUAUUGAUACUACGAUUCCGUCGAUUGUUAAAAGAUGUUGAAAAGUAGCUAAACUAGAUAGUUACGAAAUGAUGCUAUGCUUUUGCUUUCUCGACAUAAAGAACAGUUGUCAGAAUAUUUUAUUAUUAAUAGUGUUUAAUAGGUGUGUUUUGUGCAAUCUGUCUUAUUCUACAAUUUGAUGGAAGUAUAUUUUUGAUUAGUUAGGAUAAUAAAUAACAGUUUGUAUGUGAUUGUAUUUGUCACCUACGUGUGUGUGUUUCGCCUAAAUCAAGCACAGUAAGGGUCCGUAAUAUUUUAAGAACUUUGUGAUUUUUUUUAAAUUAAUUAUUCUCUUUUAACAUUCCAUUGUAUCAGUGUUGACAAGGUCUAAUUUAAUAUAUUAUGUUUAC